AUGCGAUCCUCACUGCAUAAACUCCCUAUUUACGCUUUUCCAUGGCAGUUCAUCGUUGCCCCACGUUCUCAACCAUCGCCGAAUCGCCGAUUGUCCCCUCCAACAAGCAUUCAAUCGGUUAAUCAACCUCCUUCAAAGAGUGAUUCGGUUAUGGCUUCAACCUCCUCCCAUUACGUCUUUAACCCCCACUUCUCCAUAAUCCCUAAACAUCAGAACACUGAAGUCGUUCAUGAAAUUGCCGACAUUCAAACAAUAUCAACCAAAUCCAUUGAUUCUGAAAGUGACUCUACUGAGAUUUCACCGAAGAACACUGAAGGCGUUCAUGAAAUUGCCGACCUUCAAACAAUAUCAGCCAAAUCGAUUGAUUCUGAAAGUGACUCUACUGAGAUAAUUGAGUAUUCUCCUUACUUCAAUCCUUAUAAAUCCAUUUUGGAAAGGGUUAUUUCGGAAGAGGUUUCUGAAAUUGCUAAAGAAGAUCAACAAUUCGAAAGGAAAAGAAAAAGGGUUUUAGCUCUAACACAGUGGAAGUGGGAUGAAGUUGUGGACCUCUGUUCAGAUGAUGAUGAGGAAGAGGAUGUCAUACAACCAAAAAAGAAAGUCAGGGUUUGCAUUCACAAUCGGAAUCGACCCAUGAAACUCCUUGAUGAGUCGGAUGUGGAGGUUUGA